CACUAUCAUUUUGGCAAAUUCCUCAUAUUUAGAGAGUGAUACGACUCUUUAGAGAGAGAGAGAGGAGGGAGUUACGAUGAAGAGUACGGUGGCAUUUCUGGUGAUCCUCUGCAUGGUUCGAGCCAGUGAAUCGAUUUGGCUAACUCUACCCUCGUCCGGCACCAAGUGCGUCUCCGAGGAAAUCCAGAACAACGUCGUCGUUUUGGGAGAUUACGUCGUCGUUUCCGAAGAUCAUUCUAACGACACCCCCACCAUCUCCGUCAAGGUGACAUCUCCUUACGGGAGCAAUCUCCACCAUGCGGAAAAUUCAACACAUGGUCAGUUUGCUUUUACAACUCAUGAAGCUGGCAACUACUUGGCAUGUUUUUGGGUGGAUGGUUAUAACCAUGGAAAAGGAGAUGUGAGUGUUAAUCUUGACUGGAAAACUGGAAUUGCUGCUAAAGAUUGGGAAUCGGUUGCAAGGAAAGAGAAGAUUGAGGGCGUCGAACUUGAGUUGAGGAAACUCGAAGGAGCUGUGGAGGCCAUCCACGAGAAUCUGCUUUACCUCAAGAGCAAAGAAGCAGAGAUGAGGAAUGUGAGCGAAAAUACGAAUGCUAGAGUGGCGUGGUUUAGUAUGGUGUCGGUAUCAGUUUGCAUUGCAGUUUCAGCUCUGCAGUUAUGGUACUUGAAACGGUUUUUCCAAAAGAAGAAGCUUAUCUAGAAGAUGGCAACUGCACUUGUCUUUUAACAUAUUUCUCUUUUAUUUUUAUCUUUCUAGAAAAUUUUGAUACCAGACAACCUUGAGCUAAUGCAUUCCAGUUUAUUGACUGUUUA